AUGGAAGCAAAGCUUAAAAUAAUAGAGUUCUAUGGUGCACCAUCACCAAAUGUAGUAAAGAUUCACCUGUUGCUGAGAGAACUUAGGGAAGUACCUUACUCGUAUCAUGAAAUAAAUAUUAGGAGAGGUGAGCAAUACUCCCCUGAUUUCCUAAUGAUAAAUCCCAACGGAAAAUUGCCGGCCGUAGUUGACCACGACGUCGAGGGUGAACCAAUCUCUGUGUUUGAAUCAGGAAAUAUACUGUACUACUUGGCCAACAAGUACGAUAAACUAAUACCAAACAUAAAAACAGAUCCAAAAUCUCAUACUGAAGUUUUAAAUUGGGUAUUUUGGCAAAUGUCAAAUUUAGGACCAGUAUUAGGGGAGUUAAUACAUGUAUGUUGCUUAGUUAAGGAUCGUCAGUAUAUUGCCUCGAAAGAUCAGUUCACAAUUGCAGAUAUUGCAACCUAUCCUUGGGCUAGAUAUGUUUCUAUACUACCGGAUAUCAGUGUCGAGGAGUUCCCCCAUCUCUACAGAUGGUUAGCACUCGUUAAAAGCAGACCAUCAGUAGCAGAGUGGGAGGAGUUCGAAGAGGAACAGAAAAAGAAUAACAAUAACACUAAUAAUAAUAAUAAUAACCAGCAUCAUCAACAACAACAACAACAACAAUCAUCAUCACAAAACAAGUCUCAUACAGAGGCUGAAGAAAGAAAAUCACUGAUACAUGCACAAAGAUCCGUACCCAUUCCAAUUUCAAACAAUCUACCAACUCCAAACAACAAUUUAUCACCUCCAAUUUCAAAUCAAACAUAA